UUAAUUAAAUAUUUUGAAACUAAGUAUAUAUGUUAUAUUCCACUAAAAAUGGGAGAUAAUUGUAAAAAUAAAUAAAUUUAAAAGUUAAGAUAGACAAAAGUAAGCAGCUAGAAGAUUCAGAUGUCAACUUUAAUCAAUAAAUCAAUUUCUCUCAAGUUCAAGUUUCAUGUCUGUAAAAUUUUUAUCUCAUUUUUUCUAUUCUUGUUUAGGAAACGGAUUUAAUAAAACUGGACGGUUUUAUUUUCCAUUAAAGUACCAAAGAAGUAUCAGUAUGACGACCAAUGCACCAAUUUCUUAUUCAGUAUUUGAAAUAGAACAGGAUAUUUAUAAAGGUGUUACUGUAAAAACUCAUGAUUUAGUCUUAUCUGACACAGAAUUUGAAAAGUCUUUAUCUGAUUCUUUAACAAAUUGGAUAAAUAUUGGUAUCAGAGGUGUAUGGUUCAAAGUAAAUUUAGAAAAAUCUUCAUACAUCCCCAUUUUAGUAAAGCAUGGUUUCUCAUUUCAUCAUGCAAAAACUUCCUAUGUUAUGCUUACGAGGUGGCUGCCAGGAGAUGAACCUAAUUUAUUGCCCCAAUAUCCCCACACUCACAUUGGUGUUGGAGGAAUGGUUAUCAAUGACAAAAAUGAAGUUUUAACUAUACAAGAACGAUUCAAUGUUAAGCCUUAUUGGAAGCUCCCCGGAGGUUACAGCAAUCCAGGUGAAGAUUUUGCCCACACUGCACAAAGGGAAGUUUUUGAAGAAACUGGUAUUGAAACUGAGUUCAAAUCUGUAGUUGCAUUGCGUCAUCACCAUCAACAUAUCUUCAAUUGCAGUGACAUCUACGUUGUGUGCUAUUUAAGGCCCCUUAACUUAAAUAUUAUUAAAAGCAAAGAUGAAAUAGCUAAAUGUGAAUGGAUGAAUGUGGAAACUUACAGAACACAUCCUGAAGUGACAGAUUUCAAUCGAUUUAUUAUGAAUACUUUCUUAGAAAGUCAAAAUAUGAAACAUGCUAUCAUCUCUUCACCAAUUCUUUCUUAUAAAAAAGAUCGUUAUGACAAGGUGUAUCAUGUUCAACCCAUAAAUGAAUCAAAAAGUUGACUAUGAUCAGCAUUUAAUAUUUAAUCUAACAAUCCUCUAUUUUUAGUACAAAGAAAAUUUUUUAAAAAUAAUCUAGAUUUAGAUUACUUUUAUAAUUAUUUAAAAAAAUUAUUGCUUUUUAUUAAAAUCUAUGUUUUUAAUAACGGUAUAAUCUACUUAAAAUAGUUUUUCUUAUUUGUGGUCCUAAUCCAAUCUAUUUAUAAUUAAUUGUAUCCAAAAUUAUGGUUAUAGCUUACUCUUGCAAAAAAUUUUAUGUUAAAUUUGCACAAAAAUAUGUUGUGUUUUCAAUUGCCAUGUAGUAUGAAAUUUAAAUUCAUUUUUUUUUUAUCUAAAUAGUGGUAUUUCUUCAUUUUUAUUUGUAAUGAAUUACUGUUUAAAAUUUAUCGUGGCAUAAUAAAUUUUAUCUUGUCUUUUUUUUUUUUUUUUUUUUUUUUUUUUUUUUUUUCAAUUUUAAUUAACAUGAAAUUUACUGCAGGAACUUUAUAUGCAAGUGCGAAAAUUUUUGUUGCUUUUAAGCUUAUACAUUUGACUUUUACUGUAUACAAAUGAUAUGUACCUUGUCAUUGUUAAAAUUAUAUGCUCUUAUUGUUGAAAUUAUAUGCUGUUAUUGUUGAAAUUAUAAGAUGUUAUUGUUGAAAUUAUUUACUAUUAUUGUUUAAAAUUAUUUUAAACUACUUUUUGUCACUAAAUUUAUUUUAAUUUUUUUAGCCUUGUUUUUUUUAAAAAUAUAUUAUAAUACUGCAGACACUUCAACAUGUAAGUGAGAACAUUUUCGUUGCUUUUCCUUAUGAAAAGGAAAGGUAUAAAAUUCAAAUUGUUGCUUUUAAGCUUAUACAUUUGAUUUUUACUGUAUACAAAAGAUAUGUACCUUGUCAUUGUUAAAAUUAUAUGCUGUUAUUGUUGAAAUUAUAUACUGUUAUUGUUUAAAAUUAUUUUAAACUACUUUUUGUCAAUAAAUUUAUUUUCUUCAUUUUU